AUGUAUCGAGCAGGAGUUGCACCAUCGAACGGCAGAGGCGAAGAGACGUUCAUAGCGCCGUCUCGAACGCACCCACGGUACACACGAAAUCCAAAGAAAACUCAACGAGCACCGACGCCCUCGACUCGUCCCCCCCCCCGCGCCACGUCUCCACCACUCCCGCUCCACGCUCUCCCCGCGCCCCUGUCCCCACACCUCCGACCCUCCACGCUGCCCCGCUCCUCCACGCUGCACGACGCUCCCCCACCCGUCCACCCCCCCCCCUCACCGCCCACCGCACGCGCCCAUCUCCCCCCCCCCCACUCACCCCGCUCUCCACUACUCGCCAGUACCCCCCGCCUAGGCCAGCCCCCCAAGCGCCAGGCCCGGCGCGACAAACCGCACCCGCGACACGGAGUCCGCCGCAGCCCUCCGCUAGCGCACACCCGCGACAACGCUGCCACCCCGCCACUCCGCCCCCCACUCCACCCCGGUCGCCCGUCUAACAGGUUCACUCUGGUGCCCGGGCUUCACCCUGACUGGAUGCUCAUGUUGAUUUUCACUCACACUCAUCUUACUGUGACUGUGACUCUGGGAUUGCUGCUCGUGCCGAAGUUUCUGUCCAAAGGGACUCAGGCCAGGGAUGAUAUUGCCACCGAGGCUUACGAGGAGGAGCUGGACAUGGGAAGGUCUGGCUCUUACCUCAACAACAGCAUCACCUCGGCCUGGAGUGAGCACAGCUUGGACCCAGAGGAUAUACGGGAUGAGCUGAAAAAGCUUUAUGCGCAGCUGGAAGUCUACAAAUGUAAGAAGAUGCUCGCCAACAACCCUCACCUCCAGAAGAAGCGCAACUCCAAGAAAGGUCUGGGUCGCACCCUGAUGAAGCGGAUAACAGAGAUCCCUGAGACCAUGCACAUACAUCGGCAGUGCAGUCGCGAGGAUGGCAGCGAACACGGCAGCAACCGUAGCACUUUGAGAAGAAACCCAUUCGAACCAAGUCACCACGGCAAAUCUCGGGAUGGUUCCCUGAAGAACAAAGUCAUUGGCUUGAAGAAGUCGCACAGCUAUGACCAUGUUUGUGACCAGGAUGAAGAAACCGUAAGCCAAACUGGCUCGAUAGCAGGAGACAAAAUUACUCCUGUGGGAGGUGGUGGGGAAGGAUCUCUACUGGGUUCCCUGAUUGGCCGGAAACAUACUAAAAAGCAGCUGGAACCGUCCAUGACCCCACCAAGACUGGAACCAGCCGAGUCCACAGAGUCCGUUCCACUGUGCUGGAAAUCAGCCAGCGUCCACAACUUGACCCACGAGAAGAAACCGCUCCACCUUCGGACCUCCAUCAUGCAGAAGUCUCUGAGUGUGAUUGCCAGUGCCAAGGAAAAGAUGCCGGGGCUGACCAACAAGACGCAAAGCGUGGAGGAUGCCAGUAAGAAAGGUCUGAAGGGGCAGGAGGACAGGAUGUUGUCUGAGGUGGAUGAGACCCCUGAGCAUUACUCCAAGAUGAUCAUCAGCCAGUCAGUGGAGUACUCCAAGUCCCCCCUGAAGAUGGGCAUCAUGAAACAACAGGUGAGUGGCAGCCAGCCGUCGAUUUGCUCCGAGACCGGUCGGAACCUCUACGAUGUGUCUGAGGUUUGUCCCUGGGAUUCCGAAGACGCUCAGACUCCCACUGAAGCUAAGACCCAGAAACAUGUUUCCAUUGCUCCAGAGACCACUGCAGGCCGGAGAGGCAGCAGCAGCAGCUCUGGGAUCACCAAAGGUAGCCGGUCCAAUCAGAGGCAGAAAGCAGGGUAUUCCCCUUCCAACAGAAGACGCUCCAAAGAUAAAGGAGGAGAAAGGGAGGAAGGCAAGGAAACCCGGAAAACCCGACCACCAAGAUCACCUCUCCCUCUAAAGCCCGACGUCUGUCCCUGGGAGUUCAAUGAGCAGCCCAUAAUGGGAGGAGAUUCAGAUUCCCUCUCCCCGGACAGGAUCUCACGCAAGAAAAGCGUCACACCCACUGAUGGGAAACCCAAGGGACUCCACUCAGACCACUCCAAGUCCACAGGAAGCCUUUUGCAGCCUCCAACCCUGAUGGUAGAGAUCUGCCCUUGGGACUACAACAGCCCACCUUCACCUAAGCAGGAGAAGUCCUGCAACAGCCCCAGCACACACAAGAAGAAGCGGAAAGGCUCCUGCUCAUCCAACCACAAAGCUGAGAAGGAAAAGGCAAGAGAGAAAAGCAGAGAACGGCGGAGCUCCUCCAGCAAACCGGCGUCGGAGAGAAGACGCGUUAGCCAGUCAUCGGAGUGUGGAGGGCCGGUUUCUGAGCGGCGGAGGAGUUCUACAAGGGACCCAGAGAUGAUGGAGAUCAGGAGGGGGGAGGGUUUCUCACGGGAGAUCGAGCCCUCACUCAGCAGCUUUGCUCAGACUAGAAAAUCACCAGAGAAGAAGAAAGAGAGCUCUUCGAGUAGUAGUACCAAACCCGCGGUCAUCGUCGGGGCCAAGGUGGUGGAUGUUUGCCCAUGGGACUAUCAGGAGCCAGAUCCUGGGAGGAUGGUGUGAUGACUGGGGAAAUGAUUGUAUUUUUUUUUUAUUCAUAGACUGACAACACAGAGGAAAAAGCAACAGAAUGAUAUCAAUUGAAAAUUCGAUAAGUUAACCUAAGCGAAAAAAUAAUCCAAACUACUUGCUAAAUGCAUUACAUCUCGUUGUUUCAUUGCAACCUUGAAGUCACUUUUUUGGUCUGCACUUUUGCUUGCAAACUUACAUUGUGUUCGUUUUAUCACAUCAAGGUCAUUUAAACCUGAAUCAUAAUUGUACAUACCAGCAGGUCAGACAAUCAUUUGUCACCAAAACUUUACAUAAUCGGCUUAUCGAAUAUUGAAGUUCAUCUGUUACGCCGAUGAUAUUCUACACUACACACUAUGUCAGUGGGGACUCACUGCCUCAGAUGCUAAUGAAGAAACAAGCAGGCGACAGGGGAAAAAAAGACCUAUGGAUAAAAUGGGAUAUGUGAAGCAGGACCAAAGCUCCAGACACAGCUGCGAUGCCUUAGCUAUAGGCCAAAUGCAUAAUUCAUGGAACGAAAAUGAUCUGUUUGAUUAGUGAAACAUGGGAAUAAAAAGGGAUUGUAGUUCAGCUUCAUUUCUAAAUGAGGAAAAAUGUAUAUUUCAGUUGCUCGAUAUACAGUAUUGUUGUUUCCUAACAACCAUUGCAUGCGGCAAACCGUAAAGCAUCCAAUAACUGUAAAAAAUUAAAAUUUAGUUGAGAACUUGUACUGAACUAUGACCGGAGAACUUUUGAUGUUGUUGCUUAUGGUAUUUUCCUCCUAUGUUCCUGAUGCUUUCAAAAUGAUGUGCAUUGCCAUCAAUAAUGUACAUACAUACUGCAAAUGGCUUUCAGUUACAGUUGCGCAGUGAUGAAAUAUCCAUGAGCCUCUCCCUUAUGUUGAUAGUUAUUUACCGUUUAUUUGAUAUCCAUGCCCUGGAUGCCACUUUUAAAGGAGGCGGUAGUAUUUCCACAUGUAUAAAAUAAUGUGAUGGAGUCUUUAAAGGACCAAACCAAACCACGACGAGGGUGGAUGAUGUGAAUAAUGCAUUAUUACUGUCACUUAGUCGCCAAUUUUAACAUCUGCCUGAAUGCACCUUCUUUCCAAUCUUUGCACAUAUUCAAUUGCUUAAACCACGACUAUGCAUGACCAAAGCUAUUUUUUGCCACUUUCUUGCCAACGGGAGAUGAGUCAUUUACUAUUUUAACAUCAUCUCCGACAACAGUUCGCCUUUCUGUCCCGCGAUCAUCCACCCACCAGCUACAAAUAAUGAAACGCAGUCACACACAACGCAGUCUUCUUCUGAAGCUGUCUGUGCAUGACAGUGAAAAUACAGCAGUAUUGUUACACUCAAAUUCACCACAAGGCAUAAAAAAAACAUUGUUAUGUAAUACUUAAAGAGGACUAAGGAGCACAUUGGAUUUACAAAUAUAGAUGUCAGAUGUUGUCAUGUAUUUAUCAAGAAAAAUGUGUAAAAUAACCGUUUUUUUUGCUCAUAAAGUAAAAUUAAAAGGCUUGAUGAAUAAUAAACAUGAGCCUGCACUCACAUGGGUUUUUUUCUAUCAGAUGGUUUUAGGCUGUAUGAAAUGGAAUGUUGUAACUUGCCCACUAAAUGUAUUUUAUGCUAGUUAUACUAUAUGAUGUGACUCCAAAAAAGUUACAAAAUGGUGUAGCAUCGACACAGGAGUACUUAUAUUUUACAUUCUUAUUGUGUUGCAUGUACAUACAGUAAAUACCCUGUUCUCAAUCAUGGAUUAAAUCUUUCUAUAAAAACCA